AUGUCCAGCACCCCGUCAGCACAACAGGUUCAGGUUGGCACCUCUGCCCUCAUCUUCAAUGCAAAGAACCCGGACGAGUUCCUCAUCGGGUGGCGCAUAAGUAAAAGCCAUGGCACAAAUUCGUGGCAAUUGCCAGGCGGCCACUUAGAUGUGGGAGAGAAGGUCAAUGACUGCGCCGUCAGAGAGGCCAAUGAGGAGACAGGCCUCAACGUCAAGGCCCUCGGAGAGAUCAUAUGGACCAACGACAUCUUUGAGGACGAGGACCCACUUAAGCACUACAUCACACACCAUAUCGCCUGUGAGAUGUUGGAGGCGGAUGCCGUGCCGCGGGUCACAGAGCCCGACAAGUGCGCAGAAUGGAGGUGGGAGACCCGGGAAGGACUCGAGAAUCGCCAGAAGAAUGGCGAGAAACUCUUUCUACCUCUAGAAAACCUGCUGAAGGAAACUGCUGGAACCAAGAAACUAAGAAAUCCGAAAGUGUGUCCGGACGGAGCUCGAGGAAGUGAACAAUAG